AUGGUAGAUCUUGCUACAACAGUGGAAACUGUACUAGCAGCAAGAGUUGCAACAGCGGCAGUAUCUGCACUAGUAGUGCGGGCUGCCACAGCGAUGUUAAGUGAAAAAAACAAGGACAAUCAGCAAGAAAAGAAGUUGGUGCAAGUAACUGGAAAAAAAAGUUAUGCUCGAGUUCGUGAAGAUCUAAAGGCAUCUUUGGGACGAGAUCCAAGUCGGAUGGAAAUGUUUGAGUCAUGUUUCUCCAAAGGUGGAACUACCAAAAAUGCAGAAGCUUCAAAUGCAAUUGCACAAAUGAAACAAAUUAAAUCUAAUCUUCCCGAGGGUUCCAACGAUAAGCCUGGACCAGAUGAUGUGUUUUCUAAAGUCAUGGGUAAAGAUCGCAACGGUGAUGCGGUCAUGUAUGGUUUGGGUGUUCGUGCUUCUGAUGUUUGGGGGGUACUACCAAUUCGUUCCGCAUGUCAUAGAGAAAAUAUCCAAUUGAAGGCUCAAUGUGAAGAACUUACUAGUAAAGUGGUCCAGUUACGAGCCCAAGCAAAGAUGAAUGAGUCGAUGCGUCCGCAUCACAUUGCCCUGUUGCAACCAAUGGACCUCCACGUUUACGGUAUACGACAUGACUACACGUGGAACACAAUGGCGGAUAGUUUUUGUUUUAAUCUUCAGGGGGACAGGGUUGGAAAUGAGGUUUUCCUUGAAAGCAUUCUAAACCCAACGGAGAUUGUUGCAAAAGGAUGGGUUAAGAUCUUGGACCCGAAUGAGCUAGUGGGUGGUAAAGAGAUUGGAAAGGGAUGGUGUGAGGUAAAUGUUCAAGUAGCGAUAAAAAGAGAUGAAAUGUUGGUGAGACCAUAUGGAUUAUUUUCUACAAUUGAAGAUUGUAUUGGUGCAACUAUCGCAUGGCCCUGUCCUUUCAUCUCGGUGGUCCGUGAAGAUUGA